AUGGAUCCGGAUUGCGCAAUAUGUUCUCAGCCAGCCAUCGCAAAAUGCGAGUGCGAAGCCAAUGGCCUUACUGUCGCUGUGAGGCAGGCUGAACAGAGAAUGAUGUCAAGUGUUUAUAAUGAUAUAAGAACCUGGGUCCGCGGCCACGCCCAAGAUUACAUACUUUCUUACUUCAGCGUGCUCACAACUCGCCGCAAAGACGAACAUGCCGCUCAAAUACAUCGCAUAACCGAACGAGCAGCCUACUACUACAACGCGCGACCACACCCUUCUGAAGUUGCCCAAGCUGAUUCCGAACUCAAACGCGGCAUCGACGAAGAUUGGCGCGCAAGCGUGCAACGUUACCCCGAAGUCCUCGAGUAUUUCUUCAGCCUAGUUGAAUUAACUUUACCGAGCGAUGAAGAACCUGGGGUACGCGAUCCACCUUUAUCGGCGCUAGGGGGUGGAGGAAGAAAAGUGAGAUUAAAUGAGCCUGUACCGCAGAGAGGAUCUACACCUGCUGUUUCGGAUGGGGGAGAAGAAAGGGAUAGAAGGAGGGAACAGAGAAGGAUUGGAACUCCUGCAAACGACAGAGAAAGGCACGUCGACAGACAGAGGAGAGAUAGUUUGAGGGUUGAAGGGAGGAAUAGACCGAUGACUGCACCGCCACCCCCAGCAGGUCCACAUAUGCCGCCUGCACAAAAUCCACCAAGGAACUCGAGGGCUGCUCCACAAUAUGCUCCUACGCCAGGAUAUGCUUAUGUUAAUCCUUAUUGA